CUCUUCAAUUCACUUACCAAUUACCAAUGCAACUGGAAAACAUGCGUGUUUUAAUUCCUUCUCUUUGUUAUACUCACCAAUUACCUUUGCUAUUAAACUCUUCUGUUCCUUUCUUAAACUACCACCAACACUGAGAAACGUGAAAAUUCAAACAAUACUUAACAUCUCUUCUCCUCCCUUGCAAUGCGUCGUAUACCACCAGUGCCGCCGUCGUCGUCGAUUCCUUCAUCCUCUUCGGAAAGCAGCACCAACAAUCCUGUCAUUGGCUCCGAUUCUCUCUUUAUGGGUCAUCAGGCUGUAAACAUUCAAACUAACGAGAGUAGAAUAGCUGGGAAUGUUGAAUCCAUGAACUCUACUACUGAACUUGAACUACUAGCACCACUGCCACCGAGUAUGGAGGGGAAAAAUGAUGUGAACAAAGGUGAAGAUUCCAAUGAUAAACAAACACAAACUCUUCAACAAUUGAAAAAAGAAGAUGGGACAGGAACUGGUAGUACUCUUUCCGGUGUCCAUUUUGAUGUUGAAGCAUGUAGGAAAGCGUUAGCUAGGAUGAUAAUUGUUGAUGAGUUGCCUUUUAAGUUUCUUGAGGGGGAGGAAUUUCGCUAUUUUGUGAGUAUUGUGCAGCCUAGAUUCCCCAUUCCUUCUAGGAUUUCAGUUGCUAGAGAUUGUUGGGAUAUUUUAACCAAAGAGAAACAUAAGUUAAGAAGUAUGUUUAGGAGAGGGGAUUAGAAAGUGCUGGAUGGUUUGUUUCUUACUUUUUGUGGUACUCCUUAUGUUAUGGUUUGUUAAGGUUAUGAUGGUACUAACUACUAAGGUUGAUCUUUAGUCUUGUGUUAGUUAUUUUGUUAGUCUUGCUCAUUGAGUGUUUGCCUUUUUUGAUCAAAAUAAUAAGGCCUUUGUUCCU